UCUGAUUGGUCCAGCUUCCAGCGCUUCCCUUCCUCGUCGGUGAGCCCAUUGAGUCGUCGGCUAAUGCUGAAGCUGCGGUCAGUGCCUUACCAACGCUGCUCACACCACAUGAUGGCAACACUUUCACAGACAAAGGAACUCUUCAGGAGAGCAGAAGCUGUCUGUUUCGAUGUGGACAGCACUGUUAUCAAAGAAGAAGGCAUAGACGAACUUGCCAAGUUUUGUGGUGUGGGGGAUGCAGUCACUGAAAUGACUCGCAAAGCUAUGGGUGGUUCCAUGACGUUUAAAACAGCCCUGACUGAGCGUCUUUCCAUCAUCCGAUGUUCCAGAGAACAAGUGAACAAACUGAUAACAGACCACCCACCUCAGCUGACUCCAGGUAUCAGGGAGCUUGUGGACCGUCUGCACCAGCGCAACAUCAAGGUGUUCCUCAUCUCAGGCGGCUUCCGCUGCAUUGUUGAACAUGUGGCCACUCAGCUAAACAUUCCUCUGCAUCACGUCUACGCCAACCGGCUCAAGUUCUACUUCAACGGAGAGUAUGCUGGUUUUGAUGAGAGUCAGCCCACAGCUGAGAGCGGUGGAAAAGGAAAGGUCAUCAGCAUGCUGAAGGAACAGCACGGCUUCAAGACCGUGGUGAUGAUUGGAGAUGGAGCCACUGAUCUCGAGGCCUGCCCUCCGGCUAGUGCUUUCAUUGGAUUUGGUGGGAAUGUCGUGAGGCCGCAGGUGAAGGAGAGGUCUUUGUGGUACGUGACAAGUUUCGGGGAGCUGCUAAAGGAGCUGGAGAAGAUUUAAAGAUGCUAAAAGAGUACUGUUACUAAUUUUAACCUUUUUAUAUUUGCACAUACGGGUGUGCCUUUUUCAUGGUUUUAUCCAGUGCACAAUUUUCCUUUUUAUCUCUCAAUAGAUUUUUAUAAUGAAUGAAAAUGUUUACACUAGUGAGACCAAUCUUACUUCAUGGCCAUGUUGCCCUAUUGAUUUUUAUACUAGAAAAUACUAAACAAAUAACCAAACACUGUCUAUGUGAAGGUUAAGAAGAUGAUUUUAGAUGUUUGCACUUUUUGCAUCAAAACCUUUUAGGUAAGCUAAUACAACUCCUGCAUAUUAUGGCAUGUGCAAUGAGCAAUAGAAAUGUUUUUAAUUAUGUACGGAUACUAAGAGCUGUACGCAGUCACAGUCAGUGAGCGUGGUGACUUCUUGUCCUGUAGAGAACAUCAGUAUUAAACAUAAAGAACAUGCUGUCAAA